GUUCCAAAGAAUGCCAGAAAAUGAAUUGGCCCUACCACAAGAAUAUCUUCCAUCGCACUUACUUUGUGAAGGUGCUCAUAGAAACUUUGAAUCAUACAGGAAAUACUGCAGAUGAACAUGUCGGCUCGAUCAUUAGAUAUCCUGUUAUUGACGAUUUCAGAGAUGCUGCUGUACAUGUCAAGAGAAUGGCAGAACUUGAGAAGAUCAGUGCUCCCACCGCCCAGCUACUCCGAGACUGGACAGGUUACAAAGACGAAUACUAGGCCGGAUACGACAGAGUGUUUGGUGCCGGCUCUUGGACUAGUGCGCGAUACCUCACGAGGCCGAACACACAUCAUAUAUCAGGAAGUCGAGCACGUCCCGUCCGCAAAGAAUCCGCUCGACAAGUUCAGGUCCACAAGAAUCGGAGUUUUCAAGCAAGAAGAUGUCUGGAAAGACCUUGAAUCCCGAUUGGGUCCAGAUUCUGGCGAUGCGAAGAUGCAUAUCCGUGAGAUGCUCAAGGAGUUCGAUACUGGACCUGGGAAAGAGCGGGUCGGCCGCAAAGCGCACGUUCCCAUCUUUAAUCUGAUGUUCUCGUCCAAAAACAAAGUCGACGUAUAUCUUAGGAUGUGUGUGUUGUUUCUCUCUCUUGACAGAUCUCUUGCAAUGUUGCUUCCCAAUUUAGGUGAAAUUACGCAAAGGGAUUUAGUGCUCAUACGACCCAAACCGGACUGGAGGCGGUUUGUGAAUGUGAAAGGAGAACCUUCUAUUCACAUCCAGUUAUGCGACGGCAAGAUUCCGGAUGCAGAAUUUAUCUUUUGAAGCAGACGGGCCUAGGAAAUGCGCAGGAAAGCGAACUAGCCUGUCUUAUGGACCGUGGUCGGAAGGCAUAUGGCAAAUUGAAAUCGAUUGACCCGUACGGUUGGACGCGUCGCAUACGACAGAUCGGACAGAUUAGAGUAACGGAGAAAGGGAAAGUGUCUGUUAGUGAUUCAAGAAAUACACGCCCCUUCCUCAUUCAUA